UGGUCAUUUGUAAACAAAUAAAAUUUACUGGCUUGCACUGUUUGUUUGGUUACACCUUUCGUCACUUCGCAAAGCCAAGUGCACUCGAUAGGUAGCUGGGUAGGCGCGCUAGCAAGAGACCAAAGAAGCAUUUUCGAUCGAGUAGACUUAUAUAUAUAGAUCGGAUUAUGGCGCAAACAUUCGGCCAUUCAGCAAGCAGAAGGCAAGGGGGCUUUGCUGCCAUUUACAGUGCAGCCGGCUCCAGCUCCAGCCUUGCCGGCCACAGUCGCUCGGAAUUCUCGUCCCUCUACGAUGCUAUUGGCCAGAAUAUCACGGCGAUCAACAGCAGCAGCAAGCAGCUGGAGAAGCUGUGGAAGCUGACUGGCAAGACAAAGGACCUGCGAACGCUGCAAGAGCAGAUCCACAAUAUCAAUAGCGAAACCAAUGAGCGGAUUGAGAGCACCAGUCGGGAUUUCAAGCGGCUGCAGGUGGUAUUACGCAACGGCGAUCGACAGCAGAGGCUGCAGCUGGAGCGGAUCAAAAGUGACUUUCAGCAUGUGCUGGAGAAAUACUCCGCGCAGCAGAGGCGCAACUCGAGGGCCUCGCGACAGAGCUACAAUGCGGCCGUUGCCUCUCAGCGGAAGACUGCCAGCUCGGUGGAAACGGAACUGCUGCAGCAGCAGCGACAGGAACAAGCGGAGCUGCAGCGGGAGCACAACCUGCUCCUCGAGCGCCAGCGGCAAGUGGAACAGCUCGAGGCGGACGUAGUCGAUGUGAAUAUUAUUAUGAAACAGCUGAGAAGAUUGAUAAGUGAACAGGGCGACGUGGUGGAUAAAGUGGAGGAGCUGGUCGAUGAGUCUGCCGUCAACGUGGAGGAGGGCCGUGCAGAGCUUCAAAUAUCAGAAGUUAGACGUAAUUCCUCCCGUCGUCGAAUACUUAUACUAUUAUUUAUUGCUGUGAUAGUCGUAUCAAUUACAGCUGGCAUUAUAGUCUGGAAGUACAUUUAAUGAUUUUCUAUA